AUGGAGGUGCCCAAGGCGGUGGCGCUUGUGGCCGCCCUGGCGUUCGUGGCGCUGGGAGCGCUGGCCACCAGGUGGCUGCAGCGCAUGGAGGCGCGGAAUGAGGAGGUACGCCGCCUCGCGUUGCUCGCGGCGGCGGAAGAGGAGACCAUCGAGAAGGAGGCGGCGGCCUACUACUAUGGCCAGUACGGCGGGUUCGUGCGCGCGCCCGACUUGCCGGAGGUACCUUCGCUGUGGACGACGGCGCAGGGGGUGGCCCCUGCGCCGCUGUGGACGACGCAGGCGCAGGAGGUGGAGGCUGAGGCGGCGGUUGCGGCCUCCCCUCCGGUGGGGAAGGGCGUCUGUGCGAUGUGCUCCAAGCCAACGACGCUCCGGUGCAAGCGAUGCAAGAGUGUCAAGUACUGCACCGUCAAAUGCCAAAUAGAUCACUGGAGAAAUGGUCACAACGAUGAAUGCCAUCCUCUAGGUCAUGGUGCCACACGAGAUGAUACACCUAAAAAUGUGAUGGCUGGAACAGAGCUUAAGGAUAUGCCAUUUGAGGCAUCCACUACCUAUGAAAAAUGUGAUGGCAAUAAAGAUAUGCUUUAUUCUCAUUUUACGGGGAAGGCAGAAUCUGUUGAUUUUUCAAGGCUUUCAACUUCAAGUGAAAUUUGCAAAGGUCAUGACGGCGCUGUUCGUGAAAACUGUUAUCUUACUGCUCAUGACCAGCGUGCUGGGUUGGAACCUGAACCGGAGCAAUCCAACAAGCAAGCUUUUGGUUCAGAAAACCAUGAAAGCUUAAGAAAUUUGCCAUGCAUGCCAGUUGUCGACAAAGUUCCUUCCACUCACAGCGGUGCAUAUUGUUUGGCAAGUAACCCACUUAAAAGAGAAGAUAAUCCUCCUGGUCCCUGUGCUAGGCCAGAGAGCUCAGGUGUGAUGCCAAAUAAUCCAUCAACAGAGAAGAAUUAUGCCAGACAACAAACAACUCCAAAAGCUGUGAGGAAUUAUCCAACAGAAUCGCUCUACAGCUUCAACAAGUUGGAAUUUUACCCGCUUGGUCUUUACAACCUUGGGAAUAGCUGCUAUGCAAAUGCUGUUCUUCAGUGCUUGGCAUUUACCCGGCCACUUACGGCAUAUCUUUUGGAAGGAUAUCAUUCACAAAAUUGUUCUAAAACUGAAUGGUGCUUCAUGUGUGAGUUGGAAAAGGUCUUGAUAGAGGGCAAACAUGGAAAAUCUCCAGUAUCACCUACUGGAAUACUAUGUCAUUUGAAUGAGAUUGGGGUCAGUUUUGGCCAGGGCAGUGAGGAGGAUGCCCAUGAAUUUCUAAGGUAUGCAAUUGAUAAGAUGCAAUCUGGUAGCAUGAAGGAAGCCAAGAAAAAUGGUAUCCAGCAGCUAGCUGAAGAAACAACUCUGGUGCAGUUUAUAUUUGGGGGUUAUCUGCGAUCUAAGAUAAAAUGCACAAAGUGUCAGGUCAGUUCAAAACAGAGUGAACGUAUUUUGGAUUUAACUGUUGAAAUAGAUGGGAAUAUCAGUACCCUUGACGGUGCACUUCGUCGGUUUACAUCUUCAGAAGUUUUAGACGGUGAUAAUAGGUACCAUUGUAGCAGAUGCAAUUCGUACGAGCGUGCCCAAAAGAAGUUGACUAUAUUAGAGGCCCCGAAUAUAUUGACAAUUGCACUAAAAAGAUAUCAGUCUGGUGUUUUGGGCGAGACCAGCAAGGUUGUCAAGUUCCCAGAGCACUUAAAUUUAUCCCAGUAUAUGAGUAGAACAGAUGAUUCUAGUCCUGUAUACAGCUUGUAUGCUGUGGUUGUCCACCACAAUGUUGCAAAUGCAACUGUGUCUGGUCAUUAUGUGAAACCUGUCUCUAUCCAAAAAGUCAUGUCAAAAUGUGCAUACAUGCUGCUUUAUGCAAGAAUUUCACCGCGUGCCCCAACCGCUGCAAGGGGAGCAAUGCUUAGUCAAGGAGCAUCAUCACGUACUAAUAAACCCAAGCAGAUGGCACGUUCAGGAUCGUUUCCUUCGGGAGGAGGCAGGUACCGGAGCAGCAGGCACCAAGGUGGGCAAUUGUCUAAGGAUGAUGCUGUGCACGACCUUACAUACACAUUGGGUGCAUCUGAUAGUUCAUCAUCGUACCCGGUACCACCGUCCUGCUUCAGUCGCAGCAACAGCUCCUCGCUGUUCAGCAGCUCUGAUGCAGGGUCAAGCUGCACUUUCAGCAGCGACAGCACUGAUAGUACAAGGAAAUCCAGCAUGGAGUAUGACCACAUAUUUGGAGCCUCGGGCUACAUGUGCCCGGUAAGCCCAGCGGUCAUACCCGAGGAAGACAAGCUGAGUUACUUGCGGCAAAAGUCUAGCUGGAACCCUAGCUCUUCAGGUCAUGACAUGGAUGGGGAGGCAGGUAAGUUUGCGCGGCAGUACCAGCGAAGGUAUCAUCAGUAUCAGGCUGGCAGGGGGCUCGUGUAG